GUUUCCUUGUGCUAAUUGUCACUCAAACAGUCCGCAUGAGUAGUGGUUCUGAUUGGCCGUUUAGUUGAGAUCUAUAGAUCUUCGGACCGCGUUGCGCGCGCGCUUCUUUUGAGGAUUUUUCAUCUUGAAAUGAAUCUGUGAUAUUAUUUUUAAUUUUCUGGUUGAGUGUUAUACAAAGUUAAGUGGUUAAUUAUAAGGAUACCCAGGCUGACUUUCAGAAAUGGUUCACAAUAUCCAGAUUGGAUUGGACAAUAUAGUUCGGGACUUGGUAAAUGACACGACCGAGCUACCAGGCAAGCAGGAUGGCGACGGAGCUCGCAGCAGCAACGUCACGUAUGGCAUCGACGACACGCCGCCGUGGUACCUCUGCAUAUUCAUGGCUCUGCAGCACUACCUGACGAUGAUAGGAGCUAUCGUGGCGAUCCCGUUCAUCCUGUGCCCGGCUCUGUGCAUGCAGGAGACCGACCCUGACCGCUCCAACAUCAUCUCUACUAUGAUCUUCGUCACUGGUCUAAUAACCUGGCUGCAGGCGACGUACGGGUGCCGGCUGCCCAUCGUGCAGGGAGGCACCAUCUCCUUCCUGGUGCCCACUCUCGCCAUCCUCGGCCUGCCCGCCUGGAAGUGUCCUGCUGAUGCAGUCCUGGAUGCCAUGGGAGAUGAAGAGAGACGGGAGGUGUGGAUGAGCAGAAUGCGAGAGCUGAGCGGAGCCAUCGCUGUCUCCGCGCUGGCUCAGCUGUUCUUAGGCUACUUCGGCGUGAUCGGCUCCCUACUCCGCUUCGUGACGCCGCUGACCAUCGUGCCCACCGUCGCGCUGGUGGGCCUCACGCUGUUCGACCACGCCGCAGAAGCCGCCGCGCAGCAGUGGGGCGUCGCCGCCGGCACCUUCACCCUGCUGACGAUAUUCUCCCAGUGCAUGGGCGGGGUUACCGUGCCCACUCUCUCCUGGAAGCGAGGCAAGGGGUGCUCCAUCACCUGGUUCCCACUCUUCAAGCUGUUCCCUGUGCUGCUGACAAUAAUGAUAAUGUGGGGCAUCUGUGGCAUCCUGACGCUGACCGGGACCCUGGCUCCGGGCCACCCAGCCCGGACGGACCUCAAGCUACGCAUCAUUGAGGACGCGCCCUGGUUCCGGAUACCUUACCCUGGACAAUGGGGCAUGCCGACGGUGAGCGUGGCGGGCGUGCUGGGCAUGCUGGCCGGGGUCAUCGCCUGCACCGUGGAGUCCAUCAGCUACUACCCGACCACGGCUAGGAUGUGUGCGGCGCCCCCGCCCCCACUGCACGCCAUCAACCGGGGCCUCGGCACGGAGGGGCUCGGCACCGUGCUGGCCGGCCUCUGGGGCUCCGGCAACGGGACCAACACCUUCGGAGAGAAUGUUGGCGCUAUUGGGGUUACUAAGGUAGGCUCCCGGCGCGUGGUGCAGUGGGCAGCGGGCCUCAUGGUGCUGCAGGGCGUGGUGGGCAAGCUGGGCGCCGUGUUCAUCAUCAUCCCGCAGCCGAUCGUCGGCGGACUGUUCUGUGUCAUGUUCGGCAUGAUAUCUGCUUUUGGUCUCUCAGCCCUCCAGUACGUGGACCUGAACAGCUCCCGGAACCUGUACAUCAUCGGCUUCAGCCUGUUCUUCCCGCUGGUGCUGACUCGCUGGAUGGCGGCCCACAGCGGGGUCAUUGACACCGGGGUGGAGGCGCUGGAUGCCGUGCUGCAAGUGCUGCUGUCCACCUCUAUCCUGGUUGGAGGAGUUGUGGGGUGCCUGCUUGACAACCUGAUUCCUGGCACAGUGGAGGAGCGCGGGCUGGCGGCGUGGGCCCAGGAGAUGGCGCUGGACGCGGCGGGCGCCACCGAGGGCGGGGACACGUAUGACUUCCCCUACGGCAUGUCCUAUAUACAUAGGUGGAAAUGGACCUCAUACCUUCCCUUCAUGCCGACAUAUGAGUCUGGCAAGUUCACAGCACUGUUCAAGAAGAAGGAGAGGUGAUGAUUAUGAUGAUGUACAGCAUCCUCGACGGCCAGGCCUCCAACCCCCGGGCUCUUUGGUGAAACGAUUGGUGGUUAAAAAUCUUCAUCAUCUUCGAAUGGUAUAUUUGAAAUAUCAAUGAUUACUGUAAAGCCAUCUAUUUUUUCGCCUCCGGAGUAAACAAAUGCCGAAUAGUGAGGCCUCCUGAAAAACUUAAUCGUUUAGUUUAGUACCUAAUGUGAAAAUUUGUGAUUCUGUAAUAAAUUCAUCAGGUAAUCAAUAACAAUAUUUCUAUGAAAAGACAUAAUUUUAUGUUUUAAUGAAUUUACGGAAUCCUAGCUAUAGUUACUGAAUACAAAUUCACAUUGUA